AACCGAUGUUUAGAGCUUGUCGUGUUGGCAGAGGCGACAGCUUUUUGGUUUGCCGUUGGCCAACGGCCCCCAUCAAAAUACUAUAUAAAUGCCCGCUGUAAAGCGUAUUGCCAUAAAGUUGACUAUUAAUUGUAGAAGACGUAAGAAAUAUACUCAGGUGAUCAUGAAGUUAGAAGUUUACUUAAGCGUGUGUAUAUUUUUAUUGGCAUCAUUGAUGUCGGUGGAUGCCAAAAAAAGAAGCACAAAGAAAGUGAAGCCAUGGGAAGAUCCAGACCGAGAUCGAACCAACGAUUUACUUGUCACUAAAAUAGUGUACUUUGACAUUGAGAUUGAUGAUGAACUAAUCGGAAGAUUCGAGGUUGGACUUUUUGGCGAGACAUGUCCCGUCACAGUACAGAACUUUGCUGCUCUAGCAAGAGGAGGCUGGAGAAAUGAUAAGAAUAUGAGCUACAAAAACACAAUAAUCCAUCGUGUGGUGCCUGACUUUGUAAUCCAAAUGGGUGACAUCACAAGUGGAGACGGUACAGGAGGAAGGAGUAUUUACGGAGAAUAUUUCGCUGACGAGAACUUUAACUUGAGGCAUUGGGGUCCAGGAUAUGUGUCGAUGGCAAAUGCUGGUCCAGAUACGAACAACUCACAGUUCUUCAUCUUGCUAAACAGCGCCAAAUGGCUUGAUGGUAAACACGUUGUUUUCGGAAAAGUAAUUAAAGGAAUGGUAAGUUCAAUUUGUUUUCAUUGUUCUUUUUAACGAAUUUAUCCACAG